UUAACUAGAACUUGUUACGGAACACCAAUUCACAAUAACUGUUACAAUACUAUGGAAUCAAUAAUAGAUACUGAAACAAAUAACUACCUAUUUAUGACACAUGUAUUAGAUACAAAAAAUAUAGUUUAGUGCAUUUCAUUACACCUUUAUGCCAGUGCUAAAAAUACCCAUAUAAUUACUUACAUAUAUUUAUCCGAUUUUCCUAAAAAAAUACAGCGCAGUAAAUGAUUUGUGAAGUCUGUGAUUUCGCACAACUUCAAUCAACAACUCGUAACGCAAACUGCCAGGAUAUGAUUACAGCUGAGCUCUGUGAUAAAAGUAACUGAUUGAUAAAACCGAUUUUAGUCUCCCAAUAAUUACUAUUGAGCUCGUGGCUAAGUCAAAGCAAAUAACGAUUAAUCAUAAGGUUAAGCAAUUAUUGGCGCGGUCGGACUUUAGAUGGGAUCUUGUCGUAACGAGCUCUUCCGUGAUCUGUUAUUAUUCUUAGUUUCCUAUUCAAACAAACACAUCCUAUAAUUAUCACAUCUUAUAAGUAAUUUUUAGGAGUUUGUUACUCUAGCUGAACAAUGGGUCAGAUAUAUGUGUAACACCAAGUAGUAAAUUUAUUAAUAUUAGUAGUUUAUCUCCCAAUAAAUCCUUAAAAGUACCUAUUGUAAAAAAAUCUUUCUUCACUCUACUUUAUAUCCAAACAAAUAAAUAAGUAGUAGAUAAAUCGAUAGUAUAAUACUGACGUAAUGACGUGGAGAUAUUAUGAGGAUCCCUAUAUAUUUUAUUGUACAUGGCAAUAUUUAAAAAGGGCAUUAAAAAAGUGAUUAAAAAUCUGUAGAAAUUAUGACGGCGAUACUCGUAAUUGGCGACUCUCCGAUGUAUGUAGGUAUAUGUAAAUGUGUAGGUACUUUACUUAAUAACCAUUAAAAAAAGUAAAUUUACCUAAAUCCAAUCGAUUUAGUUAGGUAAAUCAGAUUUCACAUUAUAUUUAGUGCAGGCCUUAUAAAAAUAAAUGCCGAUAGUUCCGCACUGUGCACAAUAGUUGCCUGUGUACUCACUCAUAUGUCACUUAUUAAAGGCAUGCAAUGACUUUGCCAAAGGCCCGUCUUUAUUUUUCCAACAUGGCUCAGCUGGCUAAGGGCGGCGCUAGGCUGCGGUCGGUCCCUAUGCGAUUCCGAUAUCUUUUUCUGCUCGCAAUCGUUUUUGGUAGCAGUUUCAUUAUCAUUUCUAUCACCAAUCGUACAGAAAUACUUCUCGUCAAUAAUGACCAACCCUUAUCGGUUUUGAAUUUAUAUGGUUAUGAAAUGGAACCUGAGACAAGUUACACAAUUAAAACAGAAGGUUGUACGAUACCCGGCUUGACAGCGUUCGAUGAAACUGUAAAACCGUUUAAUCAACCUCCAACAAAGUUAAAAAGUUGCCCUAGCGCUAACUUUUCUCUUAUACUACACAACGAAACAUAUUUAUGGAUUAAUAAAGAACUUUUACAAUAUUAUGACGUACCUAAAGAAGGAAACGUCUCCUGUUGUUACAGAUCAUUUCACAGGCCAAAUGCGAUCGCUAAUGUUUUUUCAGAACAUGUCGAUGACAGAGUCCAAUACGAAGAUUGCAAGGACUUUAUUAAUUAUAUAAAGGUGGAGCAUGAAUUUGUAAAAGUAUCUUGUGAAUAUAAUGAAAAACAGAUAUACCAACAGUACUUUCUAUUCGCUCGCAAAAAACUUAACAAAAAAAAUAAGUCCGACGUUCAUAAGAAUGAAACAGAUUAUUACAAUGUGAUUGUGAUGGGCAUUGACGCAAUUUCAAGACUAAACUUUUAUAGAACCAUGCCGAAAACUUUGGCUUACCUUCAAAACAGAGGUGCUAUAGAAUUACUAGGUUACAACAAAGUGGGUGACAAUACAUUUCCUAAUUUAACACCGAUGCUGCUAGGCAUCAAAGAAACUGAUUUGAAGAGAACUUGUUGGCCUGAUAAUAAUGCAAAUUUUGAUAACUGUCCGUUUAUAUGGCAGUGGUACAAAGAAGCCGGAUUUUAUACAGCCCUGGGAGAAGAUAGUGCAACAUUGGGUACAUUUAAUUUUGCAAAAUAUGGCUUCAUCAAAACACCAACCGAUUAUUACAUAAGAACUUUUAUUCAUGAAGCAGAAGUGAACGUGGGUAAUACUAAAGAUUUUAAUUCAUAUAUCUGUAUGGCAAACAAAUACUUUUAUAAAGUACUUUUGGAUUAUAUUCAGGAUUUGACUUCAACUUUGGCAGAGUCCAAGUUGUUUGGAUUUUUUUGGGAAGUGUCAAUGAGUCAUGAUUACUUGACGUAUCCGAUGGCAAUGGACGACAGCUACGAGAGAUUCCUGAAAAGACUUGAUAAUAAUAAAUAUUUAGAUAAAACUGUUCUCAUACUAUUAAGUGAUCAUGGAAUAAGAUGGGGUGCAAUAAGAUUAACUAAACAAGGACGCCUAGAAGAACGUUUACCUUUUGUUCAUAUAUUAUUACCGCCAUCUUUUCGAGAGAAUUAUAAAUCGGCUUACGAAAAUUUAAAAGCAAAUAGUAAACGUCUGACUACACCCUACGACAUAUAUGCAACUUUGUCAGAUUUAAUAAAAUUGGAGGAAAUAAAUGAUGUAAAUAUCAAACAACGAACGGAGACAUCGUACGCACAAAGUAGAAGUAUCAGUCUGUUUUUGCCUGUCCCCAGUAAUCGAACUUGCAAGUUGGCUGGUAUCGACGAUCACUGGUGUACUUGUCACAAAAGUAUAAAAAUGCCUACAAAGAGUUUUGACGCCCGAGACGCCGCCGAACAACUGGUAAAAUAUUUAAAUGAAUAUUUAGCGGAGCACCGACAAUGUGCACAGCUGAAGCUUGACGAGGUUUUGGAGGUAACAGAGAUGUUAGCUGGUAAGCCGAGGAAGGACGAAGUCGGGUGGCGCGAGUUCAUGGCGGUGGUGCGCACGACGCCGGGCGGCGGCGUGUUCGAGGGCACGCUGCGCAAGAGCAGCGACAAGUGGAGCCUCGCCGGCACCAUCAGCCGCCUCAACCUGUACGGCGACCAGAGCCACUGUGUGCACCACUACCAACUGAAACUCUAUUGCUACUGUGGAUAAGUAUCUUAAUCCAAAUAAUAUUAAAAAGCUGUGAUAUUACCAAGUGUUGAUUCUACGAAAUGUUUAUAGACAAAAUAACGUAGCUAUAUGAGAACAAAAUAUUUUAGUUACAUGGAAGGAUAUUGAUUGAAAAUCCGGGCCUAAAAUAUGUAAUAAAUAUUGUUUGCCAGGAACGUGAUAUUUUUGUACAUAUUAGACGUUUGUAGUCAUUAAGAUAUACACGAAUUAGUAUCUAGUUAGCUAGUGACAUUAAUGUAUGUUGUAGUUUAAUGCUUUGCCUUCAAAAUCUUCAGCAUCUUAAAAUCUUACAUGUACAUAUCCUUAAACUAACCAUGACAUAUCUUUCGACGAUUUAUUAAAGUUAUCUUCAGAUUUUAUAAUGUGAUGGAAUUGUAGUUACAAAAACGUGUGUGGUUACGAAAAUAGAUAAUAAAUAAUAAUAUUUUUAAUAUGUGAUUAAUUACGUGUGAUGUCUGCAUUAUCUAUUUCAUAUUUGUUAAUACCUAACUGCUUAUUUUUGUGACAUCUAUUACCUUCUCUCAAAUAAUAUUGUUUAAUGAUAUCUUUCUACGCUAUGAAUAAACGCAUGAUACCUAAUUUUAUAAUGGUGUAUAAAUAACAUCAUAAUGCUAACGUGUAUAAUAUUUUACUUAUAUAAUUGUAAGUAUAUACAUUUAUAUUUUCAUUUAAUUUAUUCUUUUAUGAGAGAAUGUAUUAUAAACACAGUUUAAAAAAAAUAAUGGUGCAAUGCAUAUGUAAUUUAUUCUGAACAAUAAAUCGAUGAUAGUAAAGUGCCAAAAGUACUUAAUUGUAGCCUACCUAUAACAUUAGGAAUAGAUACUUUAGUAGGUUUGAGAAUAACCACAUAUCACAUAGAAAAUGUUUGAUUUGUAAUAAUACUGGAUCCUUAGAUUAACUUAGAUAUUCAAUACAAAACAAUUUUAUUGAAUGAGCCUAUCCGUAAAAUGUUACAAUGUCAUAUACACAUGAUUAAUGUUGUGUUCUAGAUAUACUACGUAAUAAGUGUUGUUAACAACUUCUGUGAAUAUUUUUUUUAUGUUAACCUAAGACAUUGACAUUAAAAAUUAUAAGAAAUGGCA